AUGGCAGAAGCUCUCGAGUAUAUGAAGAUGGAGGUCAACUCUGUUCAGGAAGAACUCCGGAAGUAUGCGCAAAGGGAUGAACUGGAUAAUGAUGCCAUGGAGAUCGAGUGGAAAAAUCCGGCCACCCCACCAGACUUUGUUGCCGAGAUACAAAGAGCACUCGAUGAAGGAAGGCUGGUGGUGGCUAGGCCAGGAACUCCGGCACCAAAUCCUCACUCCAGAUCCUCUUCUAGGGCAGCCACCAGAACAAUGCAGCGAAAGACCAGUCCCUUCGCAGCAUUUCCGGUCCGAUCCUCUAGGAGAGUUAUCCCUAUUGUGCAGCCAGCAGUGGGAGCAUCUCCCUUACCUCCCAGUCGCUUUAGUGGAGUACUCCCAUAUCUUGGAGGAGUCGACCGAUCCUUCGACUAUGAAGGAGAGCUCUUCCCGGGUGUAGGCCGAGGACCUCCCAGUCCACUAGCCAGGAACCCAGGAAGGUUCACUAUGCCUGGGGCCGCUCAAGCAGCACCAACCUCACCGUUGGCUAGCAACCCGGCACCAGUAGCACCUGUGGCCCCUCCAGCUGCUGCCCAAGGCGGAAGUGGUGGAAACCAGAACCCUCCACCUCCCGUGGCCCGCGCUCCCGCUCCAGGAGAUCCAGACAGUUCUAACAGUUCAGACUCGGAACCAGAAGGUGGUGACAGGAGAGGUUGGCGAAGAUACCUCAAGAAGAAGUUGGAGAAGCAGCAGAAAAAUCUGUUGGCUAUGAUGUCCCAGCAGUACCGACUUCCGGCCGCCUCUCCCCCUUCUGUAUCAACCAGGGCCCGAGAACCAAAGGCACCACCACCCUCCAAGUUCCAGGGCAAAGCGGAGCAAGUGGAGACCUUCAUCCGUCAAUGUGAGAAUGUGUUCUCCAUUGAGAGCCUAUCAUUCACCUCUGAGGAGGUUAAAAUCCGAUAUGCAGGCAACUUGAUGGAAGGAGAGACAGCGAUCCGAUGGUAUGAGGCAUACCACAACUCAAUCGAUCAAACCUCUGCCAACCGUCUUGCUGGAAUGCCGGUGAAGUUAGAACAGAGAUGGAAGCGCUGGGAUUCCUUUGUGGAUGCUUUUAGAGCAGCCUUCGGUGAAGCCAUCUCCAGAGACAAUGCUGUAGCCCAAUGGAAUACCCUUACCCACACGGCUCGAGGAGGAAUAGACCUCUUCCUCAAUACUAUUAUUCAGCUGAUGUGGAAGACUGGCUAUGAGGGUCAGUUGGUGGAUGAUAAGAUCAACAAUUCCCUCCUUCCGGACCUAGGCAUGAGUUGGGCUCUUUUUAAUCCCAAGCCAAAGUCCUUAAUGGAGCGGAUAGCUGCUCUCAGAGAGUUAGGGCACACUCAUGAGAGGUACCAAGGGUUGGCAGCUGAGAAAGCGCCCCCUCGGACGAAGAAAGAUCCUCCCGCUCAGAAGGACCAGCAGCCCAAGAGGAAAAGAGAAGCUGCAAGCUCCUCCGGUCCUCAGAAGGCCCCUGGAUCUAAGGACAGAGCGGUGGAGCUGAAGGGUAUCCCGGGGGAUAUUCUAGAAGAAAGAAGGAAAGCAGAAGUAUGCUUGAAGUGCGGCAAGUCCAGACACAAAUGGACCGAUUGUUGGUCCAAGGAACCUACUGUUGUCCGAGUGGCAGCAGUGAGAGUACAAAAGCGGAAAAGAGGGAAUGGCAAGUCCAGCUCUCAAAAGAAGGCUAAAGUGGCUGCUGUUGUAGCAGAAAAUCCACUUGUUGUACUCCCGGAGGUUACAGAAGAUUUUGUUUUCCAGCCUGAGCAAGACUCGGACAAUGAAAUCAUCUGGUAG